CUGUUCAGUGAGAGACAGCAAAAAUGGCUACUCAGGAAAAACAGAGGAGAAAAGGGUUCUUCAGGUUCUACAAGUUCGGGUCUUGGAGCAGCAAUACACUGGCCAAAAAGCAGCAGCAGGCAGCUGAUCAUCAAGAACCAGUGGUUAUGGCGGCGCCGCCGAGUAUUAGGGCAGUGCUGAACAGUCCACUUUCGAUAAGGGCAGGUGGCGGUGGCUGCAGUUAUGAGGUGGAAGAAACUGUGGUGAGAACCUGUCAGGAGACUGUGAUUCCGGUGGCGGCCAGGCGAGGGUUUGACGGCGGCGGAGCGGUGGUGGAGAGGGGAAGGAAGUCGGUUUCUCAUGUGGAGAACAACCUGGGAUCGGUGGCGGAGUUUCUUCAGGUGAAGGUUCUGGUGACGGACAUGCCUGGUUUCAUGCAGGUUCAUGCCUUCAGGUGCGCCAGGAGGACUUUUGAUAGCUUGGAGAAGUUCAGCUCCAAGCAUAUGGCUUACAACCUAAAAAAGGAGUUUGACAAGGUGUAUGGGCCUGCCUGGCAUUGCAUUGUGGGCUCCAGUUUUGGGUCAUUUGUCACACAUUCAACCAGCUGUUUCCUCUACUUCUCCAUGGAGAAACUCUACAUCUUGGUCUUCAAAACCAAAGUUCAGAUUCAGAAAGCUGCAGAUUGAGAAUCUCAUGGGCAAGAAAGUGAGAACCAUGAAAAAGCUCCCUUUUCUGCUCUGUAAAUUUUGUGUAAGGGAUCAGAGAAUACAGAUCCUGAUGUUAGUAGAGCUCUUUUUUACCUUCUUACUCGGUGUUUUCUUUUUCACCUUCUAUACUUGAUAUCUGUUCCUUUGUUGUUGGCUUCUCACCUAAAAAACCAGUUCAAAGUGUGAGAUACUUGAGAAUUAACCUUCUUGAAACUAGUUCAAAGCAUGACUCAUCAGUUUCCAACACAAUUAUAUUUUUCUUCUUCUAUGAAUAAUGUGUGAUGUGUAUUGUGAAAACAGAUCAACCGAUACAUUUUUUUGACUUACAAUAAGAAUGAAGUCGAAAC